CCGGCUCGUUGACUGACCUGACGCCCCCCAAAGCCCUUAUGGUCGGGGCAUUCCUCUGGCUCAGCGUCUGGAACAUCAUUGGCGCCUUCUCCAUCCACCCCUCCCGUUAUGUGCUCUUCUUCGUGGUGCGCGCCAUGCAGGGCCUGGCCAUCGGCGUCUUGGUCUCCGGUAGCAUGAGCAUUCUCGGCCGCGUCUACAAGCCAGGCAUUCGCAAGAACCGCGUCUUCUCCGCCAUGGCCGCCUGCGCCCCGUUUGGCUUCUCCCUGGGCGCCAUCGAAGGCGGUCUCCUCUAUCAAAACCUUCCAUGGAUCUUCGGCUGCAACGCCAUCAUCACCGCCAUCUGUGCUGUCGGAGCUUACUUCUCCAUCCCCCCGCUGCGCCCUAUGGCAGACUCCGCCGGAGGCGAGGUGCCCUCGCUGCGCCAGUUCGACUACCUUGGCGCCGCCUUCGCCGUCGGCGGCUGUGUCUGCUUACUCUUUGGACUGACCCAGGGUGGCGUCACCGACUGGUCCGUAUACACCUGCGUGCUCACCGCAGUAGGCAUCGUUCUACUCAUUGGCCUCUUUAUCGUGGAGCGCUACGUACCACGCCCUCUGAUCCCCAACCGCCUCUGGAAUACCAAGGGCUUCACCCCGCUCAUGAUCGCCUACUUCCUGGGCUUCGGGUCCUACUUCGGCGCCUGGCAAUUCUACGCCAUCCAGUUCUGGCUGCGCAUCCAGCACGCCAGCCCCAUCGACGUGGCGCUAUACCACCUUCCGAACGCCAUCUUUGGCGUCAUCGCGACCUGGGUGGUCAGCCGCACCUUGCAUCUCGUCCCGGGCCACUACAUCUACACCAUCUCCAUGUUCGCCUUUACGCUCGGACCGGCCUUCUUCCUUCCCCAGAGCCCUACCACUACGUACUGGAAACUGUCUCUGCCUGGUGUGGCGCUUGUUACCUUUGGCCCUGAUCUGGCCUUCGCGGCUGCUUCCAUCUUCAUCACUAGUAACGUGGCGCGCUCGUACCAGGGCAGUGCGGGGAGUCUGCUGGUUACGAACCAGAACUUGUCGUCGGCGAUUAUCACCAGUGUAGCAGAUGCGAUUGGCACACGCGUCGAUAAGCAGGCUGAUGGGAGUGUUGGGCUUACUGGACUGCGUGCUAUUUGGUGGUUCGCACUGGCGUGUCAGUUGCUGGCGGCGCUGGUUACGGUUACGUCGGUGAGGAUACCCAAGGAGGAGGAGAAGGAGCAUGUUACUUGAUGCCCUGAUGGUAAUAUGUGUGUUUCAUUCUCGGUUUCGUUUCUCGGGUUGUUACGGUGCAUUAUAAAGUAGAUAGAUGGUUGGGAACUCCAUUCUAUACAUAGAUUUCGGC